CUGUGAGAGCGAGGGGAAAGACGCACAAAGCCCAGAGAUACAAGGAGAAGAAACUGACAGAAGUCUGCCACACUGAAGGGAGACUAAAGGGAAAACAGUGGAUCAAAGACCUGGCUGAGCAUCCAUUUAAAUCAGGAGGGUCGUGUUUUGUCAGAGCCAUACAGGGAGAACUGCUGAUCAUUCUACACAGAGGCAGACAGUGGGAUUCUUCACACUCACCCGACAUCACUAACACAGCAUCAUGGAGAACAGCAGCUUUGGCAACUCGUCACACGUCUAUGCUGCUCCUCACAGCCUGUGGGAGGCCAUAACCAUCGCUACUGUGUCAGCCAUCGUCAGUUUAAUAACGAUAGUUGGGAACGUGCUGGUGAUGCUGUCUUUCAAGGUCAACAGCCAGCUGAAGACUGUGAACAACUACUACCUCCUGAGUUUGGCGUUCGCUGACCUCAUCAUAGGAGUGCUGUCCAUGAACCUGUACACCACGUACAUACUGAUGGGCUACUGGUCCUUAGGGAACCUGGCGUGUGACCUCUGGCUUGCUGUGGAUUACGUAGCCAGCAAUGCUUCAGUUAUGAACUUGCUUGUCAUCAGUUUCGACAGGUACUUCUCCAUCACAAGGCCACUGACCUACAGGGCAAAGAGGACUCCAAAGAGAGCUGCCAUCAUGAUAGGCCUCGCAUGGCUGGUGUCUUUUGUCCUCUGGGCGCCGCCCAUCCUGUGCUGGCAGUACUUUGUAGGGGAGAGAAAAGUUCCUGCAGACCAGUGCCAAAUCCAGUUUUUAACUGAGCCUGUGAUCACAUUUGGGACGGCUAUUGCUGCUUUCUACAUCCCCGUCUCUGUAAUGACGAUCCUGUACUGUAGGAUCUACAAGGAGACACAAAAACGGACCAAAGAUCUGGCUGAGCUGCAAGGGCUCGCAACAGAAAAUAUUCCAGAGGGGACAAAACCCCAGAAGACUGUUAUUCACUCUUGCUUUCACUUCACCAGAGAGAGGAGAGAUCGGAGUCAGGCCUCCUGGUCCUCAUCGAACCAAAGCAACGCCACCAAGACAACCACAAGGUCAGACGAGGCGUGGGUGAAAGCGGACCAGAUCACGUCCUUCAACAGCUACACCUCAUCUGAAGAGGAGGAACAUCACGUUUCAAUAGAAACCCCACAAGGCUCCUUCAAGGAGCAGAGCAGUGGGCAAAGCAAGAAUGGACAGGUGACAGGUGAUUUUACAGAAGACCAGUAUUUUUCCUCUCCUCAAAAGAAGGCCAGUAAAAAGUUCAUCUCUUAUAAGUUCAAACCUGGUUCAAAGGGGAAAAAUGGCAACCCCGUAUCCGCAGCUCCCUGCCCACCACACACAGAGCAGCCUGCCAAGAACGCCUCGCCGUCCGCCUCCUCCAUCACCUCUAAACCCAUAGACCCCACCUUAAAGAGCCAGAUCACCAAGAGGAAGAGGAUGGUGCUGGUGAAGGAGAAGAAGGCAGCCCAGACUCUCAGCGCCAUCCUCCUGGCCUUCAUCCUCACAUGGACGCCGUACAACAUCAUGGUGCUCAUCUCCACUUUCUGCACCAAGUGCAUCCCGACAUCGCUGUGGCACCUGGGCUACUGGCUGUGCUACGUCAACAGCACCAUCAACCCCAUGUGCUACGCCCUCUGCAACAAAACCUUCCAGAAGACCUUCCGGAUGCUUCUGCUGUGCCAGUGGAGGAGGAGGAGGAGAGGUGAAGACAAGCUGUACUGGUGUGGACAAAACCAAAAUGUUAACAAUAAAAUGACUUGAUGUGGUUUCCGACACAUUUCAUUCGAUCUUUGCCAACGUGUGGAUUCUACUUGACGUCCACUGCAGUUGGUGGUCGUCUCCAGCAUGACGGGCUGCAUGUGAUUUCUGUGUUUUCUGUGUUCUGUACAUGUUGGUGGAAAAUGUUCUGAGCCUGAUGCAGCACUUGA